AUGGCGUUCCAACCAAUCUCAUCGAUCGUCGAUGCUAUUCAGACGAGCCCUAUGGGCAGUCUGCCCGCGGAUGAAGCUUGGCUCCACAACAAUGGCCGAAUCACCGCCUAUCUGUACGCGUCUCCUUUCCCAAUUGCUAGCCGUUCAUCACACGGUGUUCUCUCCUCAUUUUAUCCACAAAACCCUUUUGCCUACGAUCCGACCCAGCGAAGGCUGCAGGCCUGGGACAGAGCCACAGUCCCUUCUCGACGAUCCGGCAAGCGAAUUGGAAAGCGAACCGAUCGAAUCCACAUCUCCUUGCGUCUUCCCAUAACCACCAAUGGCCAUUUUGCCAAGAAGCGUUGCACCCAACCUGAGAUCCUCCGGGACCGAGUUACGGACCACGAAUAUCUCGAGACCGGUGUGGAAUAUGCAGGCUUCUGGGACCAGCUCAGUGCCCAAGUUCACACCCGAAACAACCUGUUUAUCGACAAGGUUUUGCCUAUUCAGGAAGAUGGCGCCGCGUCCCUUAUCCGACGGAAACGCCAUCUCGAGCCCUCCGGCUACGAACUAGAGCCAGUGGCCGCUCUUGAACCAUCUCUCUUGACCAGCCUUCAGGCAAUGUCGACCAUCCUCGGCAAGACACUUACCGUCUCGUUGAUGGUUGAGAUGCUCUGCGUGAAGCUUGGUCGAGAACUCAAUCCGACGGUUCCAAUCAAGCUUAAGGUCCGUGGACAACCCCGUCUCUCAACCAUUUUGGAAGAAGCAGAACCCCAGACGCCAAGCUCGGCCCAAUCGGGAAGCAUCUCCCUCUGGUCCCCAGUUAAGAAAAUCGCCGACUCGAUUAAAUGGGGCAUCGGAAAGCUUUCUCCUUCUCCCUCUCCCUCGAAAGAGAACCAGUUACCCGACAGCCGUCCUCUAUCUCUCUCACCUCCUUCCGAUUCUCUCACCAAAAAGGAGACAUCUUCUACAUCCGCUAGUACACCCGUUCAUGUUUUCACGAAUGGAGGCGCAUUAAGCAUUAACCCCUCUGGAGACACGCGCCACACCGAGUCAUCCAGCCUCCGCUCUAGGUCUGGAGAGGAAGACGGGUCCGACAUGAGCGCUACUUUCGGAGAUUCGAUGGUGCAGCAGCUGAAGUACCGUGACUUGAGAAGCGUUAGGUUUGACUUUUCCGAGCGGACUGACAGCUUCCAACUGCUCGACUCGAAUGAGACUUCCCCGAUGAUCGUCGACACAAAAACCAACUUGGACAUUUUCAAUCGGAAAUCCUUCGCCGUUGCCCAGAGUUUGGCUAAGGUCGCGGAACAAAUUUCACACGGAUCUGUCGAUGCGAAGGUUGUGGUAGAGAGGGAAGGUUCGCGUCUCUUUGUGAGGUUCAAGAUGCCCGCCAGAUUCGCUGCCUUUUUCCCUCAGUCGAACCUCCCAGGCACACCUAUCCACGACGAUACCGACGCUACAAUUGGUGAUGAACCCGAAUCCCCACUCGAUCGCAAGACAUCGAAGCGUCCUAUGAUCAAUGGCGGCCGUGAAGUGGUAGGUUGGGCAACAUCGCCAAAUGAUUCUAGCACAUUGUUGGCUACUCCUCGCGUCUCGGUAAGCGGGGCUGAAAGCGUUGAAGGCACACCCCUGGAGGACGUCUCAUUCUUGUCGACAAAUACGGAUGAAUUGAUUGCUGGGUUGCCUGAUACGCCGACGACUAUCGUCCUCGGUGGCGAGGGUGGUUUCGUUUCUCCUGGCUUUCAUGUGGCUCCUGAACUACUUGAGGACAGCCCUAUCAAGGCCGAGAAGAGUCUUGAGGCUGUUAGCCCUUCGACUGAUUUCAAUAAGUCCAUCAAUGAGGUUCCUCAAACUCCAGCGAAAUUCACACGCAGGCCUGAUUUCACACCCCGCUUCUCCCUGAACCGACCUGCCGAUCCUAGUCCCCUUCGACAAGUCCAGAAUGCUGAAGACGUUGAAACCGAGGAUGAAUCUUUCAUGUCGACCAAUACAGAUGAACUCGUGAACGACCUCCCAAAUACCCCUACUGCGAUUGUUCUCAACUCUGAAUGGAACACGCCUAGAUACAACAUUAAUGGCCAGAACUCUCCCAAGCCAGAAUCCGAACAAGGUGAUGGACAUUCCUUCUUCGACAUGGACACAGAGGAGCUCAAAGAAGUCAUGGAGAUGUCCAUCCCUAGCAUUCCGCACUCUGACAAUGACGCGACGUAUAACAUUCACCUCAACGUCGAGACUCCAACCCAGUCCCCAUCAGGAGCUUACUACACCAACUCGAUCGUAGAGGAUCCGACUCUUAAUAUCCACCUUCAUCACCAGUCGUCCCCAAUGCAGGAAUCUGGAACGGAUGAGUCGUCUUUCCUUUCAACCAAUACAGACCAACUUGUUGGUGACCUUCCUGACACGCCUACUGCCGUUGUCCUAAAUGCCGAAUUUAAUUCGCCCCGUUAUAACAUUGGCGCUCAAGCAGUCUCAUCUCCAUCUCCCCAAAUCCAGACUCAGCAGCUGAAGGAUACGUCAUCGGUUGCUAGGAAUGAUGCCGAAAUUAUUGCCAGCCAGUCGGACACUCAUCCCGAGCUUGCGCUUGGUGAUCUCAUGAACACUCCCCCUCGUCAGACGAUCACUCAAGUAGGUCAUGACGGCAUUCUUAUCGAAGAUUCACCCUCGAUCGCUCCUCAUGCAGAAGUCGCCAAGUCCGCUGAUCAAGCCGCGGCUCUAUGUCCUCUAUCCAGCCCCUCCAAGCCAGACAAGGCUACCGUCGCGCCCUUCACUGACACUGCGACCCCAACGGCCACGGUCACGCCCUCGAAGCCCACAAAACUGAGUCCCACACCGCCCACAGCUACUGCCAUGGUAACCAAGACGGCCACGGUUACUCCGUCUAAGCCUACGAGGUCGAGUCCCCCGGCAACUCCUUCGGUGGAGAAGACCACACCAACAACCCCCCAAUCAUCGACGCCUGAUUCUGCCCAUGGAGCCGAGCAGAGCGUCAACGUCACUCCGUCUCCAAAAGAGAAAGCGGCUGAGAACCCCACGCCUUCUACCCCCACCGCCCAUACUCCCAUCGCCCAUCCCGAAACCACCCCGGCCACUAUCGACGCCAAGCCAAUCGCCGCCCCUCUCAGGCCACAGUCACACAAGGCCUCCACUCCUACCCAUGUUGCUGAAACCCCCAAGACAAUGACGGCGAUCCCCUCCAUGUGCGCUCUGAAUUCCCAAGUUUCUGAGAAUGCUACUCCAUUGCGGAGCAGCAGUCCUCAGAAGCAAGGGUCUUCGUUUGAGCCUGGGAAGGGUAGCUGUACCCCUCAAUCCUCGCGUCUCACUCGACCAGAUGACCUGGCCGAGGCUCAAGAGGCGGAGGAUCGAGCCUAUCUGGGGAAGUUUCUCAACCAGCACAAGGCCAGUAAGGCGGCCAAGUCGGCUGAGACUCAAGCCAGGAUGGCGACGACGCUCACCGGCUCUCCCGCGCCACGCCUUCCUCUGGGACAUAUCGACGCUAAUAGCUCGAGUCCCAAGAAGGCUGGCACCAAGCGGAAGGUGGGAGAUGUCGGCGAGGCGAAGGCGGUGGAUGCCGCGGAACCGCCCGCGAAGCGCACCAGGAGCAGUGGAGCUCCAAAGGUCGCGCCUUUGCGACGUUCGAGCAGGGUGAAGUCGAGGGCCCAGGAGCCCUCGCCUGACGGCAACUCCAGGAUCCCGGUUAGGGUGGGAUCCGGAGUUGUCGGAGGAGGGUCGGGCAGCCGAGAGGCCGACCUUGCCGCUGUUACGCGGGCUAAUACCCGACGUAACAAAGGCAAGGCGCAGAUGCCCGAGGAAGUCCUGGCCCGACAGCGGGAGGACCCGCACGCCCUCCGUAUGCAGGAACUUAAGGAAGUCCACGAUGCGAGAGUGGCGCGGGCCGGAAAGGCGGAGACGAAGAAGGCGGUUUCAUGGGGCGAAGACGAGCGAUUCGUCUACGAAGAAGAAGAAGAGGAUGAGGAGAUGAUCGCGGCUCCUGCCCCGGAGCCCGUGGCGAAGGGAACUCCGGUGGCGAAGCGGCGUGUUGGUCGGCCCCAGAAGCCGGCUGCAGCCAAGUCUGCCGCCAAGUCUGCCUCUUCGGGGAGUUCGAAGUCGUCGGCCAAGGCAGCCACGCCGACGCUGACACAGUCCGCUGGCGUCAAAAAGCCUGCUGCAAAGAAGGGCCCAGUGAAGCCCAAGGUGGGUGCGGUCGCGGUGCCUACCCGAAGGCUGACCCGAUCGUCGACACGAUCGGGCCAGUAA